CUGGACCCCCCUGGGCGCGCGGGGCUCUCGUGGGUCUGGAGUAGCUAACUGGUCCCACGGGAGAGGUGGGGUUGCCAACAGUGUCCCUACUCACGACUAGGGAACAGGGAAUGUGUGACCAAGAGAAGAAAAAAAGAGGGCAUGGAAACCAUGUAUUUGUGUGGGUCUUGGUAGGACUUUGCUAAGAGACCAAAAAGGGAAGAGAACUUACUUGCAAAGACAGGAGGGAGAAAGAGAGCACGCGAAAGAGAGAGGAUGUCUCUCUCAGACUUUCAUCUGGCAGUGAAGCUGGCUGACCAGCCGCUCGCCCCCAAAUCAAUUCUUCAGUUGCCAGAGACAGAACUGGGAGAAUAUUCGCUAGGGGGCUAUAGCAUUUCAUUUCUAAAGCAGCUUAUUGCUGGCAAGCUCCAGGAAUCUGUUCCAGACCCAGAGCUGAUUGAUCUGAUCUAUUGUGGCCGGAAGCUAAAAGAUGACCAGACCCUUGACUUCUAUGGUAUUCAGCCUGGGUCCACAGUCCAUGUUCUCCGCAAAUCUUGGCCUGAGCCUGAUCAGAAACCUGAACCUGUGGACAAAGCCACUGCCCUGCGGGAGUUCCGGGUGCUGCACACCGCCCUGCACAGCAGCUCCUCCUACAGGGAGGCGGUCUUUAAGAUGCUCAGCAAUAAAGAAUCUCUAGAUCAGAUCAUUGUGGCCACCCCAGGCCUCAGCAGUGACCCCAUUGCCCUAGGGGUUCUCCAGGACAAGGACCUCUUCUCUGUCUUUGCUGAUCCCAACAUGCUGGAUACAUUGGUGCCUGCUCACCCAGCCCUAGUCAAUGCCAUCAUCCUGGUUCUGCACUCAGUAGCAGGCAGCACCCCAAUGCCAGGAGCUGACUCCUCUUCCCGAAGCAUGCCCUCCAGCUCGUACCGAGAUAUGCCAGGUGGCUUCCUGUUUGACGGGCUCUCGGAUGAUGAGGAUGACUUUCACCCAAGCACCCGGUCUACACCCUCUAGCAGUACACCCAGCUCCCGCCCGGCCUCUCUGGGGUACAGUGGAGCUGCUGGGCCCCGCCCCAUCACCCAGAGUGAGCUGGCCACUGCCCUGGCCCUGGCCAGUACUCCAGAGAGCAGCUCUCACACACCAACUCCUGGCACCCAGGGUCAUUCUUCAGGCACCUCGCCAAUGUCUUCUGGUGUCCAGUCAGGGACACCCAUCACCAAUGAUCUUUUCAGCCAAGCCCUCCAGCAUGCUCUGCAGGCCUCUGGGCAGCCCAGCCUUCAGAGCCAGUGGCAGCCUCAGCUGCAGCAGUUGCGUGACAUGGGCAUCCAGGAUGACGAGUUGAGCCUCCGCGCCCUCCAGGCAACUGGAGGGGACAUCCAGGCAGCCCUGGAGCUGAUCUUUGCUGGAGGAGCCCCAUGAACUUUUUGUACUCAAGUGCCUAACAAGUUGCAGAGGCGAUUCCUAGAAGGAGGCAGUUGUGAAGUUGCCUCCAGCUCCCCUACCCUCCAAUAUAUCUGAUGGUCUACUCA